AUGCAUGCCAUGCAAAAGAGCAGAGAAAGAUCCACGUCCAGCAGAAGGCAGUGGAAGCAGGGUCUCAUUCAGUGUAAAGAGUGUUCGGUGACCGUCACAUGCAAAUCUCAAAUGGCAAGGCACAUGCUCACACACACCGGUGAGAAGCCAUUCAGAUGCAGAGAGUGCAGCAAACACUACACCAGCAGCACCAACUUGCGCAUUCACCAGCUCAGCCACAGCGGGAAAAAGGACUUCAUCUGUAACGAGUGCGGGCAGAUGUUUACUCACCUUCCUUACCUUAAACGUCAUCUCCUCAUGCAUUCUGGGAAAAAACAGCAUGUUUGCGAUCGUUGCGGUAAGAGCUUCUAUCAGAAGUUUCAUCUUAAUCGUCAUAUGAUGCUGCACACAGGAGAAACGCCCUACGAGUGUAAACUGUGUGGAAAGGCUUUCGGUCGCUCUGACAAUCUGGGUUUUCACAUUAGGAACAUGCACCCAUCACAGAGUGAAGGAGAACAGUUUCUUAAAAAGAGACCUUUCAGAUGCGCAGCAUGCGACAAAGACUUUCACAGUAACUCUGCCCUGGAGAAUCACUUGCGAACACACACAGCUUCUCUCAUGGACUGCAGCCAUGCACAUUGUGGAGACAACAGGGAUCAAGACUCAAACUGGGUUCAGGCAUCCACACAGACUAGAACCUCACAGAAGCAACAGAAAAGACUAAAACAAGCUGAGAGGAAUCUAAAGAGUGGGAGCCCAGUCCAGAGUGCAGAGAGUGGAUCUGAAGAGGACAGAUCCAAAGAAUCACACAAGUCUCCCAGAACAAAAACUCACAGUUACAUGAGCCCUCUUGAGAGUGAUUCUGAUUUAGAAACCAGAUCCUCUGAGAAACCGGACGACGGGGUCCAUGCUAAGCCGAGUAGGAGCCAAACAAAGAGGCAAAAAAGGCACAAGAGUAAGCACGUUCAGAACAAGACCAAGGAACACAAAAGUACUGAAUCAGACUCUGAGAACAGACAAAACACUAAGAGUCCUAACCAUAACGAUUUGAAUGCCAAUGACUUAGAAAACACAGUUGACAAACUGAGAGAGAAGAUUCCGGUGAAGGAACUGGUGGAAAGAGGAUUUAAGACACAGGAUGCUGAGUAUGGUACAGAGUCGGAUUGCCUGGAGCACAUGACAAAACAAAGCGCAUCCCAUGAUGAUGGGUUGUCUGUAGAUGGUAAAGAAGUAUUUGAGGGUCAAGCAAAACAACACAAUAAAAAAACUAAGACACAAGACAAGCCAGUAUCUCAGGACUUUUCGAGAGAACCUGAGAACAUCAAGGACACAUCCAGACCUGCUAAACUCUGUCGCAAUCAGGAUCCCGUUCACUCGCAGGUAUGUGGGAUAAAAUCUCAAAUGGCAGUGCAAACUCUCAAACACAGUGGCAAGAAGCCGUUUGAGUGUGAAGAAUGCGGCAAACACUACACCAGCAGUUCCAACUUGCGUAUUCAUCAGCUCAGCCACAGUGGGAAAAAGGACUUCAUCUGUAAUGAGUGCGGGCAGAUGUUUACUCACCUUCCUUACCUUAAACGUCAUCUCCUCAAACACUCAGGGAGAAGGGAACACACUUGUGAUCAUUGUGGCAGAAGUUUCUAUCAGAAGUACCAUCUUUCUCGUCACAUGUUGCUGCACACGGGGGAAACGCCUUACAAGUGCAACACCUGCGGUAUGACUUUCAAUCGUUCUGACAACCUGGGUCUGCACAUGCGUAGUACUCACCUGUCACGAAACGAGAGAGAACAACUCCUUCAAGAAAAACUAUUCAAAUGCAUGGCAUGCGACAAAAUCUUUGUGAGUAACAGUCAUCUGGAGGUUCACAUGCGAACGCACACCGGAGAGAGACCGUACACCUGCAAUUUGUGCGAACGCAGUUUUGCACAGACCAGCCAACUUAACUCACAUAUCCGGUCUCACUUUGGAGAAAAACCCCACAUCUGUGAUGUUUGUCAUAAAAAAUUCUCACGGAAAACCUACCUGAGAGCGCAUAGUGAUAGAGUGCAUGGGAAGACUAAUGAAAGUCCAAUAGUAACAUUUUAG